CCAUAUCUAUCCCUGGAGAGGAGCACGGCUUGGUGACGACGCGCAACUGUACUGCAGAACAUCCUGCAUUCCUGGACUGACGGAUAGGGGUUGCUGCCAGACAGCGCGUUGAGAGGCGCAACCUCCUCUUCUCACGAUGACGCGAGCGGCGGCACCCCCGACGCUGGUCGAGCUUCAGAAUCCCGAGUCCCUGGGUGCGCAGACGGCCGCAUUGCGACGGCUGAAGAACGAGCUGAUCGGCCAUGACCAGCGGAAGGAAGCUUGGAUCGGCUGGGGUAUCAUUCCCGUCCUGUCGAGGGUUCUGUCGAUAAAGAGAGGAAGCGGGAAGCGUGCCACGGCUGGGGAGCUCAACGGAGCAGGCGAGCACAGCGAUAAGGCUGGCAGAACCGAGGAAGAAGAGGCAUGUAUACAGGCGGUCAUUAUCCUCGGAAGUUUGGCACAAGGUGGACCUGCUUUCAUCUCUCCAAUCCUCUCCAGCGAGGUUCCCUCACACCUGCUGGCCAUCAUCGCAGCACCUGACUGUCCGCAGUCAUUAGCCCUCGCCAUUCUCAAGACCCUGAAUGCGAUAGCCGAUAGACUGCCGUUGCAGAGCCAGCAGCAAUGGCCCAAGGACACGCGGUUGGCGGACCUGGCAUUUUCGAAGGAAUAUAUUGGCUGUCUUCCUCGGAUCAUAGGACAGAACUCUAGCUCCUCGACCACGCAGUCGUGCAUUGCGUUGGCUGCCAGUUUGAUCGCGAAACUCUGUACGGAAGAGCGCCAUAAGACGGCACUGGCUGAUGCUGGGGUGCUAGAUGCCCUAGCAGUCAGGGUGGCAUCCGUUGUGGUGGCUCAGGGCUUCGUACUUCCAGGUGCUGAAGAGCAUGUCCGCGACCCAGGAGCCCUGGGGGCGCUGCCAGCUCCUGCGCCGCCCGGCGCCAAACUUGGCUCGAUCCUGCGAGCAGUGUCCGCCAUCAUAGAGCACUCUAAGUGGCGAGCGGAGCAUUUCCUAUCCUCGCCAGGUAUUGUGACCGUGUUCCCCAAGCAAUUGCCUGAGUUCGCCCCGAACGACAUCAAGAAAGCUCCGUGGGGCUCUACGUACCUGUCCGGAUUUGCUGUGCCGCGUCAUAUCUCGCUACAUCCAAUCGAUAGCAUCCUUCCAUCUGUACCGGUUGGUCAUGCAAAGAGUUCGAGCAACUUUCCGCCCCUGGGCCCCCAGGGCUCUUAUGGCAAACACAGCCACUUCUACAACUCCACAUUCUCAUUCUUGGAGUCAGCCACGUCUGAUGAUGAUGAGAAUGCAAUCGUGCCCUGGCUGUUAUAUCUAGUCCGCCAGGAGAGCGGUAUUGUACGGCUGAUGGCAGCACGUCUGGUGACCGUUCUGUUCCGACUGGGACUCGCCAAGAGACAUCGCAUCUCCAUGUUCGGCUACCUCUUGAUUCCCAUCCUCAUUCGCAUGCUAGACAAGGAUUACGAGCUGCCGCACGGAUAUGAUUCUGAGCAGGAUGGUCUCAUCCCUACCACGCUACGAUUGAAGGAAGAGGCUCCGUCCAUUCUAGCCAUGCUCGUGAUGGAUGAAGAUGAACUGCAAAGGGCGGCUGUGGAAGGUGGUGCAAUAAAAAGACUCUCCCAGAUGCUGAAGGAAACGUACAAUCCAGUCCAGGAUAAUACGAAGGCUAUGUGGAGUGCUGAAAAUGGAUCUCCGGAGCCUCGUCAUGAUGUCAGUCCGGAACUUCAGCUGGGGCCUCCUGGUUACUCUCCGAUGGUUUGUCAUAUCAUGCGCUAUCGGGAAGGGAUCCUUAAAGCCUUGGCUUCUCUUGCUCCCUCCAAAGACGAAUAUCGCAAGGCUGUCUGCGACAAUGGUGUGGUGCCGUACAUCAUCGAUUCGCUAAAGCCGCGUCUUACGGAGGCUCCCGACACAGCUUCCGCUGCGAGAAACACGGCGGCUGAUGGAAACCCGACCCCGACACUGCUUGCUGCUUGUGGUGCUGCCCGUAUGCUCACGCGAUCCGUCAGUGUGUUGAGGACUAGCCUCAUUGACGCGGGUGUUGCGACCCCCCUCUUCGAGCUGAUAAAGCACCGUGAUAUUGACGUGCAGAUCGCAGCCACGUCCGUCAUCUGCAAUCUAGCACUUGACUUCAGCCCAAUGAAGGAGGCUAUCAUCUCUGCAGAUAUCCUCCCAAUCCUCAUCGACCAUGCGCACUCAUCCAACGUGAAGCUGCGGAUGGAAUCCUUGUGGGCUCUCAAGCACGUGGCGUAUAACUCAGCCAACGAUCUGAAGAUAAAAAUCAUAGAGUCAUUGGGGCCUGGUUGGAUCAAACAGAUUAUCUCUCAGGACCCGACUCAUUUACUCAACAAGCAAAACAUCGACGAGGAGAUAGGCAAUGGAUCCCCUCUGGGAAUGGGUACAUCUAAUUCUGCCGGUGAGCGUGUGGACCUGCUGAAUCCCAUCGACAACGAGGAGGAUGAAGACCUGAAGAUGACGGACAGCAUCCCGACGUCUAAGAUGAGCCUCGAAAUGUUCCUACCAGACCCUGCGAGGCGGAGGAAGCUCGCAUUGAGUGGUGAUCUUGAUCAGAGGACGCAGGCCCGCCAGGAUGACAUUGCUGUUCAAGAACAGACUUUCGACCUCCUGCGGAACAUCAUCUGCGGAUCAGGCGCUUCGGAAAUGAUUGAUUAUCUUUUCAAGGAGAUCGGCCAAAAUGACUUGUUCGACGCCAUUGCGGACAAAUUGCGGCCUCGCACCGUUCAAGUUUCUGGCCGUCGGGACUCGACGACCAACAAGAGCGUGCCUGUUCCAACCGAGAUCAUUAUCGCAGUAACGUACGUGAUCAUCCAUCUCGCUGCUGGUCUUCCGCGGCAUCGACAGCUUCUCGCCUUGCAUCCUGACAUACUGCGAUUCCUCAUGGGAUUUUUCAAUCACUCGAACCCUAAGGUCCGCGUUAACUGCGUGUGGAUCGUGAUCAACCUGACCUACCUCGACAAUGAGAGCGACCGCCAGACUUGCCGCGAGCGUGCCGUCAAGCUGAAGUAUCUCGGCGUGACGGACCGGUUAGCAAGUCUGGAGGACGAUCCCGAUCUGGACGUGAGAGAACGCACGAAGACAGCUUUACAUCUGAUGGAUUCUCUCGUUUCUGUAUGAUCUCAUUUCUGUAUGACAUAGUCCUCUCUCUGGACAUGUCGAUAAUGUGUAUUGGCAAUGCAUGCCCGGAUGUGUAGAUACAAAAUCGGUUUCGGAUGGGGCGCUCCGGGUACAUAGUGGCGUUGAUCUUGCAUUUAGCGAGCAUUUAAUGAUCUUGUUACGUCUGAGUUAUACACGAAAUUUGCACAUCGUCUCCGCCCUCUACUUGUACUUCGAUCGGUCAAUGCUAUUCAAUGAUCAUUUACCUUUCUUUAGACUUCCAGUCACUCCCCGCAUCGCUCCUUCGCCGGUCAUAUAUCUUAUAGAGUUAAACAGAUAUAUGCAUUUACAUGCUAUAUUCA